GCCUUAUCGGUCACCGCGGUUCGAAGUCGAGACUUCUGACUUCUCUUCUACCCUGAAGUCCUGAACCGACCCGGUCGAGAUUAUGGAGCCAUCGGCGGCGGACCUCCGGCGUCCGCCGAAGAAAGCUAGGAGGACGAGAAUUCAAGACCUCAGCGAUGACUCCCUCGGAAUGAUUUUUUCCUUCCUCGAUCUCACCGGGGUUAUUCGCUGCUCUGUCGUCUGCUCAUCUUGGAGAAAAGUCAUUCACAGACAGUAUCAGCAGCUACAGAAAAAUGAUCCUGAUGACCACGGUCAGAUAUCUUUACCUACAAGAUCAUUUAAUGAAAUAGCUAUGCUAGCGCACAGGGUUGCCUUCGAGGACACUCCUGCCAAAGUUUUCCAGUGGAGAGGCCAUUCAGUCGGGGUUAAUCAGUGCCGGAUGAAGAUGGGACAUUUUCUUACUGGUGUGGGUGAUAAGGUCAUGCGACUCUGGUCAGCAGAAAGUUACAAAUGCUUGGAUGAAUACGUCCUCCCUGAUAAAGCCCCUCUAAUUGAUUUUGAUUUUGAUGAGAGCAAGGUUGUUGGUUUGGUUGGUACCCGGAUAUGUAUAUGGAGUCGGACUGAAACAAGAAGUAUACUAUCCUCACGUGAUGCCUUGUUCCCAAAGGGACUCUGUAUGCGUUAUGUUGAUCCAGAAGCUGCGAUUGGAUGUGAGGAUGGGAAAGUCCGCAUAUUUGAUCUGUACAGCAGAAAAUUAACUCAAAUAAUUAAGAUGCAUGAUGCACCCGUAACUUGCUUAUCUUUUAGUGAUGAUCAAUUGCUUUUCGGUGGUUCUAGUCAGGGUCGUAGCAUUGCAUUGUUGGACCUUUCCUCUGGUCAGCAAGUAUCUUUACUGGGGUCUACUUAUGCUUCAGUCGGAAUCAAGACCUUGUGUUUCAAUCCUGGCUCCAAUUAUUUGUUCGCUGGAUCCACCGCUGGACAUGCAUGUUGUUGGGACCUUAGGAAGCAAAACAGAACCCUCUGGGAAGAACGAGUGAGUCCCAACGUUCUUUACUCCAUGCAUCAUCUCCGAAAUGACAAAUCAACAUUAGUCAUCGGUGGGAUAGAUGGCGUCUUGAGAGUGGUGGACCAGGAUAGCGGUGAAGUGAUCGCGACACAUAUCAUGGAAGAAAGCAGCAGCAGCAGGAGCGCAUCUCGCCCGUCUGACAGAAAUCUAACUGUGAGGAAAGCGAAAAAGAUUUCCUCAAGUGAUCGCAUUGAUCUGAUGUCUAAAGCUUGUAGACCAAGAAUCACUUGCUUGGCUGUUGGAAUGAGGAAGGUUGUGACUACACAUAAUGAUAACUAUAUCAGGGUUUGGAAAUUUAAGUAGUUAUAAGUUUUCAACAAUAUAUUCUUUGGUGUCAUAUUCUCCUAUAUUUAGUUGUUGCAUAGGGAGGGUUUCGAUUAUUGUGAAGUCAAUUUGAUAUUAAACACUAUUCAUGAUAUUUGGAUUUACCUUAUUAAUGUUUUUAAUAAUAUUAUGUUCUAAUGCUUUUGUAACUGGUGAAGUUUGAUGGAA